GCUCAGCUCAGCUGAUCUCUGGACUAACUGUCUCCAGGAAACACUUGUCCUCCCUCCGCUGCAGACACCGCCGCUCCGUCCUCCUCUGCCCGGCCAGCAGAGCCCGUCGGUGGGAACCUGCGAACACAGCUGCCGCUCAGUCCGUGUAGAGGGAUGGCGCUGUCCUUUCUUUUCUUCUUCUCUGCUGUGCUGCCCUCGUUCAGAGCGUCUGCCUACAACACAUCUGCCGGUUGUGCCAUCAUUCGUCCUCCCAGAGAUGGAGGGAUACGGUACAGAGGUCUGACACAAGAGCAGAUCCGCAGUGUGCAGGUGCUCCCCGUAGACUACGAGAUCGAGUACAUCUGCAGGGGCAGCAGGGUGAUUGUGGGACCAAAGGUCAGGAAGUGUUUGCCCAACGGCACCUGGACCGACCUGAGCCAGCGCAGCAGAUGCUUGUUGAUGUGUCCCCGGGUGUGGACGUCACUGGAGAACGGCCGGGUGUCCUCGUGGCCCCUGGGGCCCCCGGUGGAGGGGACGUUGCUGCAUUACAGCUGUCUGCCCGGCUUCAUCCUCAUGGGCCGAAACUCUACACAGUGCAACAAGAUGGGGAAGUGGGACACGCCCAAACCUGUGUGUCACUACGAUCGGCACUACAAAGGCAAGAAGAAGCUCUACAUCGGAGCCCUGUUCCCCAUGAGUGGAGGCUGGCCCGGAGGACAAGCCUGCAUGCCCGCCGCUCAGAUGGCUCUGGACCUGGUGAAUAAGAGGACCGACAUCCUGCCGGACUACGAGCUGGAGCUGAUCCACUAUGACAGUAUGUGUGAUCCAGGUGAGGCCACCAAGCUGCUGUACGACCUCCUGUACACGGAGCCCAUUAAGAUUGUGCUGAUGCCUGGCUGCAGCUCCGUGUCCACCCUGGUGGCUGAGGCUGCUCGGAUGUGGAACCUCAUAGUGCUGUCGUACGGCUCCAGCUCUCCGGCUCUGUCCAACCGCCAGCGUUUUCCCACCUUCUUUCGCACUCAUCCGUCUGCCACGCUGCACAACCCCACUCGAGUGCAGCUCUUCCAGAAGUGGAAAUGGACCAAGAUCGCCACCAUUCAGCAGACGACAGAAGUCUUCACAUCAACUCUGGAUGAUCUGGAGGAGAGGGUGAAGGAGGCAGGGAUUGAAAUCAGCGUUCGUCAGAGCUUCCUCACCGACCCUGCUGUGGCUGUUAAAAACCUCAAGCGCCAAGACGCCAGAAUCAUCGUCGGCCUGUUUUAUGAAACGGAGGCCAGGAAAGUCUUCUGUGAGGUGUACAAGGAGAAGCUGUACGGGAAGAAGUACGUGUGGUUCCUCAUCGGCUGGUACGCAGAUAACUGGUUUAAGAUCAAGGACCCGUCUAUUAACUGCACCGUGGAGCAAAUGACGGAGGCCGUGGAGGGUCAUGUGACCACUGAGAUCGUCAUGCUCAACCCAGAGACGGUGCGCGGAGCCUCCAACCUGACAUCUCAGGAGUUUCUGGCCCAGCUGAUGUCUAAACUCGGGGGUAAGAACCCAGAGGAGACGGGCGGCUUCCAGGAGGCCCCCCUGGCGUACGAUGCUGUAUGGGCUCUAGCCCUGGCCCUCAACAAGACCGUGGGCCCCCUGAAGGCCAAGGGUCACCGACUGGAAGAUUUCAACUACAACAACCGAGACAUCACAGCUGAGAUCUACCGAGCCCUGAACACCAGCUCAUUUGAAGGAGUUUCGGGUCAUGUUGUAUUUGACGCUCAAGGCUCUCGAAUGGCCUGGACUCUUAUUGAACAGCUUCAAGGAGGCAGCUAUAAGAAGAUUGGAUACUACGACAGCACUAAAGGCAAUCUGUCCUGGUAUGGGAAUGACAAGUGGAUCGGAUCAGGACCGCCUGCAGAUCAGACGGUGGUCAUCGAGGAGUUUCGCUACCUGUCCCAGAAGAUCUUUGUGUCUGUGUCCGUCUUUGCUGGGUUGGGAAUCCUGCUGGGGAUCGUCUGCCUCACCUUCAACAUCUACAACAGCAAUGUCAGGUACAUCCAGAACUCUCAGCCUUACCUGAACAACAUGACUGCAGUGGGCUGCAUGAUGGCGCUGGCUGCUGUCUUCCCUCUGGGCAUCGACGGCCUACAUGUCCACAGGAGACAGUUCCCCGUCGUCUGCCAGUUCCGCCUGUGGCUGCUCGGCCUGGGUUUCAGCCUCGCCUACGGCAGCAUGUUCACAAAGAUCUGGUGGGUCCACACCGUCUUCACCAAGAAGGAUGAGAAGAAGGACAGGAGGAAGCACCUGGAGCCGUGGAAACUCUACGCCACCGUCGGCGUCCUGCUCGGCAUCGACAUCCUGUCCCUCAUGAUCUGGCAGAUCGUGGAUCCUCUACAUAUCACAGUGGAGAAAUUCACCACAGAAGCCCCCAAAGGAGACCUGGAUGUUUUGAUCCAGCCUUUACUGGAGCACUGCAGCUCAGAGAAGAUGAACACCUGGCUGGGUGUGGUGUAUGGUUAUAAAGGUUUAAUGCUGCUGCUCGGCAUCUUCCUGGCCUACGAGACCAAGUCCAUCUCCACGGAGAAGAUCAAUGACCAUCGAGCUGUGGGCAUGGCCAUCUAUAACGUCGCUGUGCUGUGUAUGAUAACAGCUCCAGUCACCAUGAUCCUGUCCUCCCAGCAGGACGCCUCCUUCGCCUUCGCCUCCUUGGCCAUCGUCUUCUCCGUCUACAUCACCCUAGUGGUUCUGUUCGUCCCUAAGAUGCGGCGUCUGAUCACACGGGGCGAGUGGCAGUCAGAUGCUCAGGAGACCAUGAAGACCGGCUCGUCCACCAACAACAACGACGAGGAGAAGUCCAGACAGCUGGAGCGAGAGAACAAGGAGCUACAGAAGAUCAUCCAGGAGAAAGAAGAGCGUGUGUCUGAGCUGAGAAACCAGCUGUCUGAGCGCCAGGCCCUGCGAUCGAGGAGGAGAGCGUCCACCGUCACCAAUCAGAACCACAGCUCCCCAUCUCGUGCCAUUACCCAGAGCGACCCCAGGUCCCUGGCCCCUCCUCCGGGGUACCCCGCCCCCAUCUCCGACCUCCACCCCAUCCCCACGUCCUUCGGCAACUCGUCCAGCCUCUACCAGCAGCAAGACAGCAAGAUCAGCCGAAAUAACUGCCACACCAGCCGGCUGCAGCUGCUGUACAAGUGAGGAGGCGGAGGGGCGAGGACGGUAAUGCCGUUCAGUACUAAAGUCUGUCAGAGGGGCUGACUUCAAACUCAUUCCACCAAUCAGCAGAGGCCGGAGGAUUCCCAGUUUCCAAGCUGAUCAUUGUGUCAUUUUUCUUUUCUCUCAGAGGAAACAGAUGUACAUGCAUCUUGUUAAUCAUCUAAUCUGCCAGUUUAUCAUGUGCCAUCUAAAGUUUGGGUGACGACCGCACUCAGAAUUGACUGUUGGCCGAGCCAACCGCCCCCCCUCGGCUACAGCUGCUAACUCGUCAGCCUUUCCAUCGUAACAGUGCACAGUUUACAGUCAUGGUCGACAUGUUCAUGUCUGGAACAAAAAGACCUGACCUCUAGAUCUCAGAGGACAAAAGCAGCCUCUCAUUUUUAGCAGCUGUUAAUUUUGAAGAAAAAGACGAUAUAAUUAAUUAAUCCCUGAGAGGAAAUUCAAUUUUUCACCCUGUUGUCACACACAGGCCUGAAAUACACACACACAACAACACAACUUUAAAGUGAGUGUUACAAUUACAUGUAAAGUCAAUGUAAAGACGUGAUUAGACGCAAAUUCCCACUUAGGCGGUAACAAUGGACGCAACGCGAAUGACGCAAGUAGCGCAAUUUAACAUCAUAUGCCUGUUCGUGAGAGUUGAAAAAAUCUCAACGUCAGCGACCAAUUUGCUCUGUGAUGGCCAAUCAGCAUUGAGAUCCUCUGGGGACGCAUGAUGCCGAGGACAUAGCAGACAAAGUUCAGUCAUUGACUCAGUGAUUUUACACACAUAUGACACGAGUCAUUUGCACGUAUGAGGCAAGUCAACACAAAAUAUUCUAGCGUUCAAACUCCCACGACUAACAGGACGCCAAAAUUUGCAUCGCAUUUGGCAUGAACGCAACAGGCUUUAGCCACGGUCUGUUAGCACGGUAUCAUCAUCGUAGUCUCAUCGAACAGUUUGUAUGAUAUCCUGGGAAUUUGCGCCCCAUGAAUGACGUUACAUCCUUAACAUUCAGCUACCUAAUUAACGCUAUGUUACUGUGGUUAGGAUUAGAAAAAGAAACAUGGUGAGGACGUACCUUAAAAUGACUCAAAGUUCAUGUGGAUCCAAACAGGCAACUCCAGGGAAAAGUCCAUCGUAAAACACAUAGGAUAUGUACGAACUAAGGUGCAUCGCUUUUUGUAGGAAAGAUUUGUGAGAACAGCCUGACAUCAUAUGUGUAGCCCUCAAGAGCAUAUUUAUGACCCCUUCAUUAAACAUGCGUCUUAUUUGAAAUUGAGUCAGCUGACGACUGCUUCAGGUCACUGAUGUGUGAAAUGAAGUCGUAUUGUUUGGAUGGUAAAUGUGAAAGCUGCAGUGCUGGGAUGGAAAGGCUGGCAGACGGAGCAACAGUAGCUAACGGUCAAUGGGGCUUAUGACAGAGCAUUUAUCAUAUCUGUACCUUACAGUGUUGCCUCCUAAUGUGUUUAGAUAGUGCUAUGUACUGUAUUAAGAGGCCGGACAGAAGGACAGACUUCAUGACGAUAUCAGUUUUGUAACUAAGUAACUGGUUGUAUCCGAAACAUGAUAAGUUUUGUCACUUUAGCUCCUCUUGUUCAAUGUUUGAUGGUGGUUUUUACAUUGUUAUUAGUCUCUGUUCAAAGAGACUGCUGAGUCAUUGUACAUAGUGCUGUGUGUUCAUGCUAAACCCCUCACUGUGGAUUAACCCGGUCCUGUUGUUUCAGGGCUGAAAAGAAAAGUAAGCUGAGGACACUGCUGUCAUCUGUCAGGUAUUUACUGUGUCGAGUGUUGUGCCUGCCACGCUCAGGAGCCGAACAUGAGGUUAAAGCAUCGACUCAGACGCCUCCGUGUGUUUAACGUGAGGCUGCAGCUGCGUCUGUUUUUCUGUGGACGAGACAGAUAAAUUAAAUACGAGGGACGAGCUGUCAGCUGACGAGGCUUAAAUGUCAAACCUGAAGCUAAUUCAGGGAGAUUUUCCUGGUAAUAUUUAAGCUUUUUGAAGUUGUUCUCGAGGGGCUGAAUCAUUUUCAUGUCUCGUGGAUAAGUGUAGCUCGAUGCAUGUUGCUGCAUGUUUGAGAGAUUUGUUUCCGGCUGAGGGAACAAAGAAAACGUUGCAGUACAGACUGGUUUGAGCUGGUAUCUGUGGCAGCAGCUGUGGAAUCUGAAGUUGCUCAAUCUGAAUUUUAUACUAAGACUAUAUAUAUUCAGUUUGUGUUUAAUUUAUUGUAUGUUUGAAUCAUUUUCUCUCUUUCUAUACAGAUAUGGAUCAAACAGAGGGCACACGGUGCAUCUCAGAUUCAGUUAUUUUAUUUCUUCUGUCAAACAAAGCAGCGCUGACUCAACCCACAGUUUUAAAACUUUGUGAACCAUCGAAACCUUUAUGACUUUUAUUUUUGGUGCCAAACAGUCACCUCAGUUUUGUCUUUUUGGCGAGAGAUCAUUCUGUCACGGCUGGUCCUGAAUCUGUUCAACACACUGACAACAUGACUCAAGGAGACCACAGUCAGUCUUUGAAAACAAAAUGUAUCAUCAGCGUAUAUAGUAAUAGUAAUCAGUGUUGUCUUUAAUCGACCUGGUCUCACUCUGAAGUCGUCGAAUACCGGCGCUUGGUCAGCUACUUCCAGUGUCCUUCCAGACAUAGACGUUAAAAGCUGUCCUUUCACAUCGACAUGAAACGGUCUCUGUUGCUGUUUAACAGUGCCCUGUUACUGCCUGACUCUUAGGCUGCAACCGGGAUGGGAGACGAGACGAGUUAACAAAGAGUUAAAAGCUCAUUUAUUUACAAAAUAAUGAUAAAUAACCAAACAAACGUGACGGUCAGUACUCAGUCAUGUCUGCAUGUAUGGUUGUGUUGAAAUGUCUGUAGACUAAGCAGAAGAACAGCAGCUCCACCGUUAGGGAGGAGGGAAGUCUUUUGGAAGGUGGUGAGCUUUAUAUCAUGAAGCACUCUGGCCCAGGUGUGGUUCAUGAUGUCAACGACAACCCUCUGCCUUAACUCGCAUCCUGUAACAAAAGAGAACAGCCAGGAAAACACACACGUCUGGUGGAGCUGAGUGGGCGGCAUCAAGGGGAAAAGACGCUGGACAACACGGAAAGUUUAGGCAGAGGAGGUCAGAGUAGAGCGGGUGGGACGGGUGCUGGAUUAAACCAACAACCUCCGUCUUUCACUCGGGAGGUCAGUGUACACUUUCCAUAAUAUUGUAAAGCCAAACCCUGUUCUUUUGUCCUAAACCAACCACGUGUGUGUUGUUGAAGGAAAAAAAAGUCAAUUUGUGUUGUUGUACCAACAUAGUGCUUUUAUUUUGAAAGAGACUAUGCAAACUGUACAUUUCCUGUGAAAACAGAAGUGUAUUUUGAAAACAGACAAUGCAUGUAACAGGCUGAAGUUGACACGGCGUCCCAGAACGUCAACAACCAACACACCCAGGGUACCUUGGACGUCAUAUGUGGACGUGGAAAGUCCAUGACCAAACGUGGACAUGUGACGAGGUCACAGUGAGGAUGAGUUGGUUUUAUAGUGUUAAAUAACUGAUUAAAACCAAACAAAGACUUCAACAAACAGCAGCGUGAUAAAAAAAAGAAAAGAAAAAGAAAAUUACCUUAAAUGACAGAAACCAUCCAUUUUCAUCCGGGGCAGCAGGCUGAGCAAAGCACCCCAGACGUCCCUCUCCCAGCAACACUCUCCAGCUCCUCCUGGAGGACCCGAGGUGUUCCCAGACCAGAUGAGAUAUAUAAUCCCUCCAGUGUGUUCUGGGUCUGCCCCGGGGCCUCCUACCAGCUGGACCAGGAGGAUCCUGAUCAGAUGUUGAACCACCUCAACUCAACAAUCAGGUUAUAUGUUGGGUCGCUGACCCCGGGCAGGACUCAAACACACGGCCCGUGGGCCAGAACUGGUCCACCUAAAGGUCCAAUCCGGCCGACUAGAUGACCAAACUAAGAGGUGUCUGGAUAUUUAACAUUGUGCUAAAUAUCGUCAACCAGCUGCUUCAGAUCAAAAGAAUCUGGAUCAGGAGAUGUUUGGAUAAAUGACAUCAUGACAGAGAGACAUCGACUGACUGAACGUGGAAAAACUGAGACCUUGUUGAAAGUGAUCUUAUUUUUCUUGAGACAUCUCAGACUGUUCAUCUGUUUUGUGAAAGGGCGUAAAAUUAACACCCGCCAUUGGCGGGUAAAAAAUGAGUUUGGCGUGUGAAACAAAAACACACACACGCCACUGGCCGAUGGAAAAUUUUGAAUUACAUGUGGGUUUUUUAUGUGCUUCGACCAUUUUUGCCAGCUGUGUCAGACUAUUUUGACCCUCGCGGCUUAUUGUAUGUGUGCUGGGAACGCAUGACAUCAGCUACUGGAACCCUGGGCAUUCUAUGGUAACUUCUGACACAUUUCUGCCGUGAAGCCACCGCCAGAAAAGAGGAAAAACGAAGAUGAACAUGUUGGACAAGAAGAACAGACAGUUAAACGGAGUACAAAUGUCGCACGGCAUUUUAUUGAAAAAUGGAAACUAGACGAGGCUGGCCCGCCGCGGUCAUGGCUGACCUACGACCUGCACACCAACAAGAUGAGCUGCACCCUCUGCCGCAAGCACGCCAAAGACACACAGAGGACAGGGUUGGAUUUUCCUGAAGUUGGAAGGUAAGGUAAUUAUUUUUAGUCAAACAAGGCACGAUUUUUUUAUUUGGCUGGUGAAAAAUAUGUUUGGCCGGUAAAUAUUCGGAGGUCACUAGCCAAUGGCAGAUGAGGUAAAAAGUUAAUUUUACGCCCUGGAUGAACGUCUACAGAAUGGACAAAAAAAAUGGAAACAUUGGAGCUGAUGGUUCUUACAGGUUACUGUGAGGUGGUUUUAUUGGUCCGGACCAUCUGAGAUCAAACUGGACUGAAUGUGGCCCCUGAACUAAUGUGAGUUUGACACCUCUGAAGCAAAGUACUGCUGAGCCUCUGUGGCCGUCGUCCUGUCUGCUUCUCCAAACAGAGAGCGUGUCGACCGCCAUCACCUGUGAGUAAUGCACUGACUGUAGGUGAGUUAUCUCAU